UUCCGCAAAGCUUUGCUCAUGUGACUGUUCAACACAACACAACUCGUCUCACCAGCUGAGAUAAAGACAUUUAGAUGUUCAUUAAUUUUUGCGUUCAUGCCUUCUUAACUAAGUGUCUCUGGUAUAAAACCUCUUCACAAGUUUCAUCGAGCUUCAUCUUCAUCAUCUGUCCACCUCGCUCUGAAGUGGAUCCAUUCUCAGCUUCAAUCAGAUUGCAGCAGGUUUCGGGGACACCAUGGCUCAGUGACAUCAUUUUACGGCUUAAUAUUUCCCGGGUCAGCCGAGUGCCAUGCCGCUACCAAGUGGCUGCUCCAUCAACUCGGCCCCAUUGGACGAGAGCGAGGACAGUGAACCCCUCAUCGAGAACGAUGCAGUCCCUCCCCAGUGCUGCUCGGCUCGCCUCAACCUGGCCUUCCUCAUGUUCUUUGGGUUCUCUGUGGUCUACGGUCUCCGUGUCAACCUCAGUGUUGCCAUGGUAGCCAUGGUGAAUACCACCGACACCGAACCAGCUCAAAACAACUCCGUAAUCAGUGCCUGUCCACGGCCAGCGGGGUCGGAAAACACCAGUGAUGCUUUCCUGCAACCUGUGGGGAUCCCCCAGUACCCGUGGGACUCGGAGACUCAGGGCUGGCUACUGGGGGCCUUCUUCUUCGGUUACCUGUGCACACAGAUCCCCGGUGGCUACCUGUCCGGUCACUACGGGGGGAGUAUCUUCCUGGGCUUAGGUGUGCUGGGCACUGCUGCCCUCACGAUGCUCACCCCUCUGGCCGCCAAGAUGGGCUUAUACUGGCUGUUUGCACUACGAGCGUUGGAGGGCUUUGGGGAGGGUGUGACAUUCCCCGCCAUGAUGGCCAUGUGGGCUCGGUGGGCUCCUCCUCUGGAGCGCUCUCGCCUGAUGACCCUGUCUGGAUCUGGGGGCAACUUUGGGGCCUUUGUGGCUCUGCCGCUCACCGGCUACAUCUGCCAAACCUUAGGCUGGCCCGCUGUCUUCUACCUCUGUGGGAGUGCUGGUUGUCUGUGGGCGGUCUUUUGGUUUGCUUUAGUAUCAGAUGACCCUCGCACGCACCGUCAAAUCAGCAAAGAGGAGAGAGAUUACAUCAUAAACUCCAUCGGACCUCAGGGUACAGGUCAUGGCUGGUCCGUGCCCGUGCUGCCCAUGCUGCUGUCGGUCCCUCUGUGGACCAUCAUCAUCACCCAGGUGUGCUCAAACUGGUCCUACUACACCCUGCUCACCUCCCUGCCCACCUACAUGAACGACAUCAUGCACUUUGACAUCAAAUCGAAUGGGUUCCUCUCCGCUCUGCCGUACCUCGGUGCCUGGUUGUUCUCGAUGCUGUCGGGUGUCGCAGCGGACCACCUCAUCGAGAGGAAGGUGUUCAGCAUCACCGUCGUACGCAAGCUCUUCACACUCAUAGGUCUGUUGUCUGCUGCAGCUUUCCUCGUGGCUGUGAGUUACGCCGGCUGCAGCCACAUCCUCACCGUCACCUUCCUCACACUCUCUACAACCAUAGGAGGGGUCACCGCCUCCGGAGUCUACAUGAACCAAAUAGACAUCGCUCCACGGUAUGCAGGACUCCUUCUAGGAAUCACCAACACAUUCGGGACCAUCCCUGGAGUCAUGGCACCCAUCGUUACAGGAUACUUUACUGAGGAUCGCACCCUUGCAGGCUGGAGAAAGGUGUUCUGGGUAGCUGCCGGGAUCAACGUCGCCGGUGCUGUCGUCUUCACAAUAUUCGGCACCGGGAAGAUCCAGCCGUGGGCUGUCACCGAGGAGGACGGAGUGGAAGCUGAGAAAGACAGGAGCAGGUCCAACUCCACGUAAAGAGUGAAUAUUCAGACGAAGACGCCUCUUACUACCUCUUUAAAUGGUAUAAAUCCUAAAAAAUAUAUGCGGUAUUCCCACUUAUCAAACAUGAAGAGUGUGAGGGGUGUACAGACAUUAUUAUCAGCCAAGAAUAGCACAACAUUUAUAUCAGUGGACCAGGAUAGUUUGAUCAAGUUUAAAUGUUUGGGAUUCUGCAGAGUUUUUAAAUCAAUAAUAUUUUGGAAAGUUUAUACUCAGGUGAGCAUUUGAACUGAUUUUUACAAUUACAGUAAACAGUAAAAAAAAAAAAAACACUGCUGGAUAUUCACUGUGUUUAUCAAUCAGGAAUUUAUGAAUAGUUUGAAAAACUACAUUUUGUGUUAGACAAAUAUUUACAUCCUAACCAGUAAUACUUUCCAUUUACAUACAAUACAAUACAUGGACUAUACAGCACCUCAGGUUGAAAAACAAAUCAAUUUGUGUACUUUUUUUGUAUGUUUUUUUAACUUGUUCUUGCGCUGUGAACGAGAUGGGAGCGUAUGUUUUAAGGACCAGCCAUAACAUACCAUAUGACUUUGAAAGUGUUAUUAACACCUGUUCCUUUAGCUGCUUUGUUUACUGUGUGUCUGUUUCCUGACCACUUCUCGGCUGUUCAGUAGGACCCAAAGAAGCACUUCAUACAAAAAUACAACAAACAGCCUUAUAUUUUAUAACAGCGCCAAUAUGUUUGCAAAAUAAUCUUUCUUGGAGAUGUUUUUUGAUGAUAGAUGUUUUUAUCAUGAUAGAUGUUUUUAUCUUUUGUCUAAUCCAGGAAGCCAAACCACCUUCUACUGCCAACAAUGCAAUAUUUUUUUGUAAAAGUGCCAUGAACUAUGACUUACUUUUUGAGAUACUUAAUCUCUCACCUUCAACUACAAUAAUUGUUGUUUUUGUAGAAAACAGGACUCAACCAUUUUUCGUCAUCUCAUGCCGACUGUACUGCGAUUGUAAAGAUAUGAUGUUUUUAAACAGAUGCAAUGAUGUGUUUUCCUUUUCUGGGCUUUGGAAAUGUGUGAGAUUGUACAAAAUAUGGGAAAUAUGUUUUAAUUUAUAUUUUAUUGUGUGAAGAAUCACUUUUACUGAGCAAAAUUAAAAUCUGUGGCAUCUGAGUGGAGUCUCUG